CUCCCUUCCCCGCGCCACCAACCAAACACAAACCCAAGGAGAGAACCCAAUCUCGCCGCAGAUCUGCUCCGCCCAUCCAUCCCCGGCGCACGAGCUCGCCCGCCGCCGCCGCUGCCUUAUUCUUCUUCUUCUCCAUGGCAUUGCCGCCGCUGCCCCGCGCCGCCUCCCUCCUCCUCCUGGUGCUGAUCGCGCUCGUCGCCUCCGCGGCGGCGAAGAAGAGCCCCAUCUCGCUGCCGCCAUCCCCCGGCGCGCCCACCGCGUCCCCCAAUGUCCUCCGCCCUAACUCCACCUCCGACGAUUCUACCGCCGCAGCGCCGUCUCAAUCCCCCGCCCCCGACGACGGCGAGGAAGACAACGCGGCGGCGGCGUCUCCUCCCGCGCCGACGGUGACCUCCCCGCUCCCGUCCCCCUCGGCGGCCCCCUCGCCGCUCUCCGCCGCCGCCAGCCCUACACCUGCUGCCCCUGCCCCUGCUCCCGCCGCCGACAGCGACGAAGACGAAGACGACAAGGAUGGGUACAAGAAGAAGAAGCCCAAGACGGCCCCGGCGCCCGCGCCGGCCGCGAUGGAGGUGAAGGCCGGCACCGGCACUGGGGAAGAGCAGGUGGCGCCGGGGGACCUGGAGGACCGGCACGACGAGAUGAACGGCGGCAAGAAGGCGGGCAUCGUGGUGGGCGCCUUCUCGGCGGCGGCCGUGGUGGGCCUCGCCGCCGUGGUGUACCGGAAGCGGCAGGCCAACAUCCGGCGGUCCAGGUACGCCGACUACUCCGCCCGCCUGGAGCUCGUCUGAUGAGGGACGGGAGGUGCAAGCAAUCCACGGCCAAUGGCGAUUUCGAUCCACGGGAGAUUGAAGCUGGAGUAAUUCUUUUGAUCUGUCCUUUGUUAAUUAGAUUCUUGGUCAAUUCUUGGGUGCCGAUUCUUUAGCGGAAGAGAGAUGAUACAUGGGAUCGACGAGCAAUAACUCCAUACGUGUUUUGUUUUGAUGUGGAGACGAAGAGGAGGAUGAGGAUAUACAUUUUUCUUUUUGUAUACUUAGUUUUAGGACUACUGCAUUUCACCAUUUGUCAGUAAGUAGCACGAUAUAUACGACUUCUUCUUGGUAUCGAUCAGUGUCUGCUUUUUUGCUGUUUCCUAAAAAUCAAUUCUACUUGUAUUA